UGGCAAUAGAAACAUAAAAGAGUAGUCUUAUUAUUUUUCCAUAUAGCUUAAGCUAAUUUCAAGAUUAUCAUAACAUUUACUGUGUAUUGAAUAAUGGGAAGAGAAAUUGUGAAAGCAGAAUCAGUUGAGGAGACAAACUUUAACUGGUCAUCAGAUUCAUCAUCCACAACAUCCUCUUAUGAUGAAGAAAACAGGAUGCCUUUGUUGGCAUUGAAUCAUGUUUCCUAUGUCUGCAAAUCUGUUCCUAAAUCUGCCCAAUUUUAUGAACAAGUCCUUGGUUUUGUACUCAUCAAACGACCAUCAUCCUUUGACUUUGAUGGUGCUUGGUUAUUCAACCAUGGAAUUGGAAUCCAUUUAUUAGGAAAAGAAGAUGUGCAAUCAAAGACUGGAAAAAUAAACCCAAAAGAUAAUCACAUUUCAUUUCAAUGUACAGAUAUGGAUCUUAUUAUUCAGAGAUUGAAUGAUAUGAAUGUCGAAUAUGUAACUGCUACUGUUAAAGAAGGCGGAGUUACAGUAGAUCAACUUUUCUUUCAUGACCCAGAUGGCAACAUGAUUGAAAUUUGCAAUUGCCAAAAUUUACCUGUUCUUCCACUUUCCUCUUGCCCACUCAAAAAGAUGUCAACUCCAACUUUCAACCAAACAAUGUCAGAUUCCUUUUAUGGAAAUGGAAAAACAAAUACAAAGAUGAAUUGUGCUGGAGAAGUUGAGUCUCUUAUGAUGGAAAAUUUAGCUUUGGAUAUGAUAGACAUUUCUUUUUGAGUGAUCCA